AUGCACUCGCUGCAGUCAGGAAUACUCUUCGGCGCGGGAGACCUGAUAUCGCAGAGGAUGUCCAAAGCGCCCGAUGAAGAUUACGAUCGCUACAGAAUCCUCCGGUUUACGAUAAUAGGCUCCAUCUUGGGCCCGCUAAUACACAAGUGGUACAGGGUCCUCGAUAAGUUCCUCGGAAAGGAUAGAGAUCUGAAGACCAUCGCGAAGAAGGUCAUCGCAGACCAGCUGUUGAUGGCGCCUUUCAUCAUCGGCUGGGUGAUGUCCGUGGGUGCGUUGCUGGAAGGCGAAGGCCCGCAAGACAUCCUGGAGACGCUGAAGAACAGGCAUGGCGACCUGCUCGUGGACAGCUACAAGGUCUGGCCGUUCGUCCAGAUGGUCACCUUCGUAUUGCCGAGGAAUCCGUUUGUUCUUAUAGGACGAGUACGUGAAGAGAGCUUGAAGCGUCGCCUGUUGGAAGAGCACCCUGAAGUUGAUCGGCAGGACGAAGGUGACCGCCUGAACAAAAGGCCACACCUUGUACCCCUCCACGAGCCUGUCGGAGUGUUCGUGCUUGAUGUCCGUCAUCAUUUCCCCGUCGAAGAGGUCUUCGCCCGAGAGCAUGGCAGAGCCGCCUAUGAACCAAGCUAUGAGCAGCGGCGCCAUCACCAUCUGAUCGGCCAACAUCUUCUUCGCCACGGUCCUGAAGGUUGUCCUCCUCCCGAUCAAGUCGUCAAGGAGCUUGUACCACUUGUGCGUCACCGGGCCCAAAGCGAUCCCGAGUAUACCGAUACUCGUAGUUCUGCCGAAGUCGUAGGGUUCCUCCGGGUCUUUGGUGAGCCAUUGAGUGGCCAGAUUUCCAGCAGCGAAGACCAUCCCGGUCUGCAUGGCUUGUAA